AUGGAGCCGACAAUUGGGCCACAACAGGCCCCAAAGACGUUUGUGCUCUGCUUUGAUGGCACGGGCAACAAGUUCUCAGGAGAUGAGUCGGAUAGCAAUGUCUUGAAAAUAUUUCGAAUGCUCGAUCGCAGUCGCGGAACCCAAUUCCACUACUACCAACCAGGAAUCGGCACGUACGUGACCUCAACUUCUCUUUCGAGUACUGGUACCAUUCAUCGCAUUCGCUCGGCCUAUCUAAAAGCCAAGGAUUCCGCCAUAGGCUCCUCAUUCGACCAGCAUGUCAUGGGCGGAUACAAAUUUCUCAUGCGAUAUUAUGUCCCCGGCGACGAUAUAUACUUUUUUGGAUUCAGUCGUGGUUCAUACAUCGCGCGCUUCCUAGCUGAAAUGCUCGAUUAUAUCGGUCUUCUAGAGGCCGGAAACGAAGAGUUGAUUCGCUUCGCAUGGAAGACAUUCGCAAAGUGGCAACAACGGCGAGGUCAAACUGAGCAGGACCAGGAAGAAAAGAAGAAGCUCUUCAACUAUAUGAAGGCUUUCCGUGAAACUUUCAGCCGCCCAAUCAGUCGAAUCCGCUUCAUGGGGCUUUUCGACACCGUAAACAGCGUCCCGCGAUUUGAAUCUGCGUGGAUGCAGCGAAGCAAAUUUCCAUAUACAGCCCGCAGUUCUGCUCUUGUAAUCCGCCAUGCCGUGGGCAUUGACGAGAGACGAGCCAAAUUUCGCCAAGAUCUGAUUUCAGAGUCGAAGCCAUGGCAUGCGACCCACAGACGUCACGACCACUACUUGAGGGACCAUAUGCACCGUCUUCACCUCAAUCGGGAAAAGCCAGAUGAGGUUCCUAAAAUCACCCUGAACAAUGAUGGUAACGGCGUCGAUUUAGAGAAGGUGGAACAGGAAGAAGAGGAAACUAUUCCUCACCGUGGUCGCGAGGACGGCGAAUCUGUCUACCGAACGCCACGUGGCUCCAGCGCUGGUAGUACACAAAACAUAAAUCGUUACCGUGCACCUUCUCCAUUGUCAAAUCGAAAAAUGAGCCAGUCAAACUUGGGCAUCCCUGAUAUCCACGUACCCGUCGAUGAUUGUGCGUCUACACACAGCGACGUUACGUCUCUACAAAUACCACAUGAGCUGGGCGAGGAUGAUGAGCAAGAGCAGGAUAUUCGGGAGGUUUGGUUUCCAGGCGGACACGCUGACAUCGGGGGUGGAUGGAAACUCGAGAAAGGAGAAUCCUGGGCUCUCAGCCAUGCGCCAUUGGUCUGGAUGGUUCAAGAGGCACAGAAGGCUGGACUGAAUUUUGACACCAGAAAAAUGAAACAAUUCGAAUGCUGCGAAGAAUACGUGGAAAACUACUCGCCCAUCCACGUAUAUGAUCAGGAGCCGGAUUGGUGCUUGGAUGAGAGCCACAGCGCAAGUGCAAAUGGAAUUCAGAUAUCAACAUGUAAAUUGAACGAGACCGAGGACGACCGCAAUACGAGCCGCGCGCUUCAUCGCUUCCUUAACGCCCUCGAGCAUUCCAGCACCAAAGGUAUACUGCAUGAUUGUCUCGAAUAUGGCGCUGGACUUCCGUGGAGUUCUGUGCUCUCCUGGCGUAUAAUGGAGUAUCUUCCUUUCCGACGAAUGGACCUGCAGCCUGACGGAUCGUGGAAACCCAUCCGCUGGCCACUUCCAUGCGGUGAAGUUCGAGAUAUUCCCGCCGGUGCGGAAAUCCACGUGUCAGCCAUUCGUCGUCUGAAAGCUGACUCGAAAUACCGCCCUGGAAAUCUGAUCAUUGGAGGUGGCGGACGUGGCAAAAGAAGAGCACCUGAAGAAUAUGGCAUUGGUGAAUGGGAGAUCUACAGGGACGAAGGCGAUCCGGUCCGAGAGACGUAUAUACGGAAGAAAGCAGGCAAAAAGGCGGAGGAGAAUCAGCAUCCAUAG